CUUACAGGGACAAUUUAUAAAAAAAAAGGCUAGAUCUGAGUCAAUAUUUUGUGUCAUACAAGAGGGUGUUUCUCUCUCUCCCUUUCUCUCUCUUUUUCUUUAAUUCCCCCAUGCCAACAAUGUCAACUGGAGGUCAGAGCUUUUACGCGGUCAUUGUCAUAUGUCUAGUCGUCAUUGUUUGUAUCAUAGCCUGCAUGGGUGUUCGUUUUGUGAGACAAAAGAGACACAAAAAAGAAGAGCAUUUAUCAUCAAUGCGUAAUGAUGACUGGCGACAUUUAACUUCUGUAGCUACUCCAUUAGAUUCUACAGACACUCAAACAAUACAAGCUGUUUUAAACUGGCAAUCAAAAUAUCCACCAGACACACAUACAUAUAUUGACGUAGCAAGGCACCACGAAGUAGUUGAUAAGGGUGUAUUAGCAUGGCAAUUUGUUGAAGCGGAAACAACUGUGGAUGCUGAAGAGGAAAGUAAUGCAGCUGUCAUGGAUGAAGAGACUUCGAAUAUUAUAUUUUGUCAGGGGCAAGGUAGCAUCAUGACAAAUUUGCCGGUUCCUAUGCAAGAAUUUUCGUAUUGGGAGAUGAAAAUUUUACAAUUAAAUGAUCAAGAUAGACUAGCUAUUGGAUUUGCAACAAAACCAUAUCCAAGAUGGCGAUUACCGGGGUGGCAUCGACAUUCUGUGGCUUAUCAUUCAAACACAGGAUCUGUAUUUGCAAGUGAUCCAAAUUUUGGUAGACCUUAUGGGCCUGUGUACAAACAAGGUGACGUGAUAGGUGUUGGCUAUUUGUAUCAAAGUGGAACAGUAUUUUUUACGAGAAAUGGCGAGAAUUUGGGCAAAGCAUCCAUUGGAUUUAAAUAUCCAUUAUAUCCUAUUAUUGGAUCCAUCGGUCCAUGUCAUGUUAGUACCAAUUUUGGGUUGCAAGACUUUUUAUUUUCGGCUGCAAAUCAAAGAGAAGCAGCUUACGCUUCGAAAGAAGGUUCCUUAUUACCUCCGCCUGCUUACGGUGGACAUAUUGACGAUACCAUGUUAUUUGAUAAUGAAAUUAGAUCGGAUCAAUUGACAUAUGUUGACACUACCUUACGGGCUCCUCCUCCAAGUUAUGCGUAGUUGUAUUUCAUUUAUUCUUUACAUUUUUUUAUUUAUUAAAAACAAGACAACAUUAAACU